AUGGAAGCCAGUGGUCAUACCAAACUGCACAGCCUUGACGAAGUCCAUCUAAACGUAGGUGGACAGUGGUAUUGCGCGAACAAGAACCUACUGGUACGUUACACAGAGUCAAAACUGUACCAGGCCGUAUCCCUGUAUGGUUCAGACACUAACGUGUUGUUUGUUGAAGGGGAUGGAAGGAUGUUUCAGCAUGUGUUGAACUUCAUAACAACUGGGGAGUUAGUGCUACCCCCAGGUUUCAAUGAACAUGAGCUGCUUAUACACGAAGCUAGAGAAACAUAUGGGAUCAGGGCCCUUGUUGAGAAGCUGGAGAGAGUUAGAAAGAAUGACUCUGAAGAACACUUCAAUGACAAAGGCCUUAGGAUAGGUCAUGCCAGGUACAGGAGUUUGGAGAUGAAUACAGGCAGACCCUUCCUCACAAACAUUGCUGUCUUGCAAAAGUACCCUCUGCUCUUGCAGAAUUCAAGUCUGGCCUGGCUUACAGAAAAUGGCUUUGCUUUCAUCCAUUGCGACAAUGACAACUUCAGGCACAUCUUGAACUCCUGUCACCAUGGCGUUUGCCUGGUUCCACAAUACCUUUCAGAAGCUGGUAGAAUCAUGGAUGAGUUGAAGAAAUAUGGGAUCACUGACAAAGAAAGAGGUUACUUCUCCAAUGAUGAUAAUUCACAGAGUAACCAAAAGAAACCUGCAAAUGACAUUGAACAGCAAUGUUGCCCUCCCAUAUACAUCAUGGCUAUAGAGAUAUUACAGAGAGUCUCAUCCACACACAAUCUUGGAAGGCUGGAAAUUUCACUCACAAGGGAUGGAAAGGGCCUUGUUGUCCACGGAUCUGGAAACUUGUUUGCACAGGCAAGUCAGUGUUUGGGAGUGAGUAGGCUCCUUCUCCUUGAUGAUAUCUCUGACUUUCAUGACAUGUACAAGGCAGUGAAGGUAUCCAACAUCCCUGCACUUGUUUCUGCUGUAGAAGACUUUCAAAGGUCACCUCCCUUCCUUCAACCAGCUAAAAGUCACUGUCCUUUCUCAUGUCCACCAAGAAAGGCUGAUCUGCAGCCAUUACAUAGCAAUGAGGACACCGCCAACCAUUCUUCCUUUGGUUCUGAAGUAGUUACGGUUUAUGUUGGAAACCAGACGUACGAAGCCAGCAGGCACGUGCUUACUGAAGCUGCCAGGCAUUCUCGGAUCCCUAAAUGUGUGGAUGGGAUGCUUUACAUCACAGGUGACGCUGAGAUGUUCCGUCACAUCCUAAACUUCUUCAGAACAGGAAAACUCAUGCUACCUCCGGACUUUGCUGAGUAUGAGUUACUACUGUGUGAGGCAAACCACCUGGGAGUUUCAUGCAUAGUUUCUAUGCUGGAUCAACCAAGAAUGGUGCUGAAGAAAGCAUAUGGUAAAGAGGUAAAGGAAGCUGCUGAAGUGAAGAAACAGAAAAGGACCAAGAAGAAAAGGCAACUUUGCAGCUGCCCAGAGUGUUUUCCCACUUCAAGUGAGAAAGCCCCCAGCAGAGAAAACCUGUCAUCACUAGCCAGCAUAGAAUCUGAGGCAGUGCUAGACCAGCAGGAGAUUGUAUCAGGUAUUGAUGCACAUGGUACACAAGGCAGUGCUGUGAGUUAUGAUGCACACAGAAGCAGAAACAUCCCUGAACAUUCAGUCUUCAUCAAGAUGGCUAAGACUGGGGCAAGUGUGACUCGUUCAGAUAAGGACAACAGUUACUGCAGUCAUCAGCAUAAAUGGGGAGUUUACCAGGGCAGAGCCUCAGUGUGCCAGGUUGGCCCAGAUGGCAGACUACAGAUAGAGUUGAUAUUAUCCAGGCCUGACAAUGAUCAGCAGCCCAUUAACCGCCUCCAAGAAAAGAGCUCCGAUAAGAGUGACUUUACCAAACAAAGUGGAAACCCAAAGACUUUGAUGGAGUUCAGUGAACGCUGCCUGUCAUCAGCAUCACAAAGGCUGAUGCAGAUGUCCAAGACAGUAUUGGAGAUCCAGACUUUGACAAAGACGGACAUUUCAAUAGCCAAGAAGCAGUUUCCCGUAGAUAGCAUCAUAAAUCCCAGCAACAGUUCGAAUGCUGUUUCAUCUCUCCCGGAUCCAGCACAGAGUGAAAGCAAAGUUGCGAUCAAUACCGAUCACUCAUACUCACAUCCUCCAAGCAAGGACAGCAAGUCAGUCACAAACAAACUGCCUAGUUCCAAAGGAGAAAUGAAACCACCAAAGUCUAAACCCAAACUGGUUGCAUUGUCAGAUGCAGAAGUUGAGGCCCAUUGCCAUAAAUCAGAGUCAUCAACUGGUUACAAUUUGCAAGGGCAAGAUAGAUGUGAGAGGACUGAAGACUUUGGGUACAUUGCUGUCAUCAGACAUCCACAUGUUCACGGGCAACAGGAGGACAAGGGCUCCCCAUACAAACCAUUUACCACAAGUAGGCUGUACAUUGGUGCACAGGAACCUACCACAGGGAACGAUGUAGCAGCAUUGUCACUCUUGAACCACACUCAACAACUGUGUGCAGACAGACUACAGAGAAAUCAUUGUGAGGGGGAUACAUCUACCAAAGGAAAAGCCUACCCAGCAGGCAGAUUGACAGAGGAUUCUGAAGAUGGCAUGUUGGAUGUUGAAGAAAACAGGCAAACAGUUGCAUACUCUGGCACUACAGUAAAGCCAAUGUAUCAUGCUGUAGGUGAAACAAAAUCAGCAAUGGCAUGUCACACUGUCACUGAAGAGCAUUUGGUCAUGGAGAACAAAGACAGUUGCAGUGACCUGAAUAAUGAAGCUGAAAAGACUAUUAAAAGCCCAGAUGCAAGCAUUGCAUCUACUCCAAAAGGGAGCAUCCACCUGAGAAACCUCACAAAGCUUUGCAGCCAGGUUUCCUGGUUACACAGUGUUCCACAACAACCAGACAUCACCACACAGGAUGCACUUGCAGAUGGUUGCAAAGAGAAAACAGCCUCAGACUGUUUGGAUGUUUCAGAAGUGUAUGCCAUGAAAGAAAACGCUGAUCCAAAUACUGAACCUACAGAGCAAGAGCACUGCAGCAAGGAUGCCACACAUGCUGACUUAUCAAAGGCUCCAGCUGUUGCUAGUGGGUACACUCCAGUUAGAGUGACUAGCAGUCCCAUAGAGAGGCAGUCAACUGAGUUGCCACUGGCAUCAACACCUGUUGAGGAGGGAAGCUCCCAGCAGAGGUGCAUUCUGCUACCACUAGCUGCAAAGGAUGUGGUGUAUGCCAGAAUGUGCCACAGGUUCCUCCUCGGAGUCAUUGAGGAUUCCAAGAAGCUUGGAGAUGUGCCAGACCUUACAGCAGAGGUAGCCAGACUUGUUCACAGACUUUGGAAUGCCGAUAUAUCACCUUCCACCUUCGUGGGCUGCCUGUCUCAUCUGGGGCCGUUCAACUCCCACACCUGUGAGCACCUUACUCCCUGGAUCACGAGAAGCCUGUCCCCAGCGAGAUGGUAUGCCCUCAGUAUGCUAGAACUUGUGGAGAAGCAUCCCUCAGCCUGCUCCCUCACCACCAGCAGAGUUGCAGACAUCCUGUGAGCAAACUAAUGCAAUGAUCAUACUCUAGCCAGGGCUCAAAAUACUGUUACGGUAACAUUGAAUAUUUCCUGCACCAGAAAGAUUUACCUUUUGUUGGUGUUUCUAUUGACUUCUGUU